ACAAAGACACGUGCAGGAAAGCCAACCUCGCCGCAAACUGAGCAAGGCAGUGCCAAGGCGCCGGCAGCGGAUCGUUUCGGUGUGUGUUUGUCGGCGGAUGAGCCAGGCCAAAGCAGCCGCUUGCGGCAGUCGAACCUUCACGCCUUCGCUCGUGCUGCUCGCGUGUUCGCCAGAUGUUAGUCGACGCGUGCGAAUCACGCAGUGUUGUGCCUCUGAUCGGCUGCUGUAGCCUUCUCGAUGGAGCUGUCAGAUUGAGUGUGUGUGUUUGAAACGUGCAACGAUCAAAGCACCCACGCCGACGUCGCUCUUCAAAGGAUUUCUUUUGCCACUUCGCCCCACUUCGAGCUCAGAGAGGAGCUGAGCCCCGGGGGGUCUCCUUGGAACGACGGUGAUGGCCUCUUGACAGCGGACGACUUCUAGUCCUCGGUCUCCGUGGACCGAGAGUCCGCCAUGCGGCGCAACACCAAGAAGCUGCUGAAGCUGGUGACGACGGCGCUGCUCGUGGUGCUGUGCACGUCGCUGCUCUUUCGGACAUUCGUGAGCUACCAGAUGCUGGACUACGUGCCCGGAGGGUCCUUCCUGCCCAGGGCGCCCAGGGACGCCGCCAACGACGUCGCCGCGCCGCGGGUUUUUUCCAAACCUGCCGCUGCCACUGGUGACAAAGCCUCGGAACUUAAGGCAGUAGCGAAGCCCUCUAGCGACGCCGGGGGUUCCACGGAGAAGGACCGCGACUGGCACAACUAUCCGCAGAUGCAGAAGGAGGCCUCGGCCAAGGGUCCCGGGGAGCAGGGCUUAGCCUUCUUCCUGCCCGCGGGUCUGGAGCAGAAGAAGGAGCAGCUGUACAAGGUGAACGGCUUCAACGCCCUCGCCAGCGACUUCAUCUCCCUCAACCGAUCGCUGCCCGACAUCCGCCACCCCGGGUGCCGAAAGAAGCGCUACGUGAAGGAGCUGCCCACGGCCAGCGUGGUGGUGCCCUUCCACAACGAGCACUGGACGACGCUGCUGAGGACGGCCACCAGCGUGCUGAACAGGUCUCCGCCGGGACUCAUCAAGGAGAUCAUCCUCGCCGACGACUUCAGCAACAAAGACCAGCUGAAGAAGCCCCUAGAAGACUACAUCGCGAAGCACUUCACCAACGUGCACGUGGUGCGGGCCACGAAGCGCGAGGGCCUGAUCCGCGCCCGGCUGAUGGGUGCCCGGCAGGCGACGGGCGACGUGCUCAUCUUCCUCGACUCGCACACGGAGGCCAACACCAACUGGCUGCCGCCGCUCCUGGAGCCUAUCGCCAAGGACUACCGGACCGUGGUGUGCCCGUUCAUCGACGUCAUCGACUACGAGACGUUCGCCUACAGGGCGCAGGACGAAGGAGCCAGGGGCUCCUUCGACUGGGAGCUGUACUACAAGCGGCUGCCGCUGCUCCCCGAUGAUCUGGCCAAGCCGACCGAGCCUUUCAAGAGCCCCGUGAUGGCCGGCGGGUUGUUCGCCAUCAGCCGCAAGUACUUCUGGGAGCUGGGCGGCUACGACGAGGGCCUUGACGUGUGGGGCGGCGAGCAGUACGAGCUCUCCUUCAAGAUCUGGCAGUGCGGAGGCACCAUGGUGGACGCGCCCUGCUCGCGGGUGGGGCACAUCUACCGCAAGUUCGCGCCCUUCCCCAACCCGGGCAUCGGGGACUUCGUGGGACGCAACUACCGGCGGGUCGCCGAGGUGUGGAUGGACGAGUACAAGGAGCACCUGUACCACCGGCGACCCCACUACCGCCACCUGGACCCGGGAGACCUGACGGCCCAGAAGGCGCUCCGCAAGCGCCUCAACUGCAAGUCCUUCAAGUGGUUCAUGGAGCAGGUGGCCUUCGACCAGCCCUCCAAGUACCCCGCAGUCGAGCCGCCGGACUACGCCUGGGGGGAGGUUCGGAACGAGGAGAGCGGGCUGUGCAUCGAUACGCAGUUCAAGGGCCAGAACGAGCGGUUCUCGCUGGCGCCCUGCCUCAAGGACCAGCGGGGCCGGUCCGGGGAACAGCAGCUCGUGCUCACCUGGCACAAGGACGUGCGGCCGGCCAAGCGCAGUGUCUGCUUCGACGUGUCCAGCUCGGACGUCCACGCGCCCGUCAUGCUCUGGAGCUGCCACGGCAUGCACGGCAACCAGCUGUGGAAGUACGACACGGUGACGAAGCAUUUGUUCCAUCCAAUCACCGCCAACUGCCUGGACUGUGACGCGAAAAGUCACGAAGUCUUCAUGAGUAUAUGUGAUAGUGACGUCCGCACGCAGCGAUGGCUUUUCGAACACGUCAACGAAACAGCCCUGGCCAACUGGUGAUCCGUCGUACCCCCACUGGAAAAUCAGCGAUGUGUGACAUAAUGACGGUCCAUCCUUGGCUUUCGAACUGAAAGCAAACCAAGCCGGGUUCUUCAGCAAGGAUGGCGGGACGGUGCUUUUGAGAGAGAGAAAAAAAAACGCACCCAUGUGUUCUAUAAGGCAUUCCGGGGAUGUCCCAACGGUGUUUCGAGGGUCGUCCAGGAUUUCCCCAAGUGGAUUUGGAGAACGUCCCGAAUACUUAUUGAAGUCCAAGUUACUUCUGGAUGCUGUCGGGAGUUUCGCGAGGGAGUUAUUCCAGUUCCAUUCGCGGGAUGUGUCGGAAAUACGUCGACGAUAGCAGUAAGACGGCGUUGUCUUCGCGCAAUGUGAUUCUGUGGUCUGCACUGCUGGGAACUUCAUGUGUGUCAAAAUGUGUGUCUACUCUUCCAAUUGACUAAGACGGCCGAUGCGUCGAGACAGUUUUCGCCUUCGCGGCUGGACAAGUGCGCGCUCUUUUACGCGUGUGAAGUUUAUAAGUGGCCGUGCUUGUGGGCCAGGUAUGUGAGCAUUCCUACAGCAGUAUCUCGCAGAAAGUGCGUAACGGUUUGUGAGACGCUUAAAUACGCUUCUCGUGAGUAACUAAUGCCACUGGUACGUUGUGGGACGUCUCGCUUGAACCGCCAAAAGAUCUCGAGACGGAACAGAACUACAAGAAAACUCGUCGCGUGCCAAGUCCACGACUCUUUGCUUCACUUGCGCGCCCGACCCAAAACUACGAUCGGUAUUUCAGUAACCCGAGACGAACUUCGAACUUUUUUUUCGAUCUUUUUCUCUUUCUUUCUUUCUCUCUCUCUUUGUCUGUGACUUUUUUUUCAAGUGACUACAACUUCGAACAUGCUGAAGUCCGCCGUUCAGCCAUCCAACGUUAAUCAUGAUCGAUGGCCACUCCACGGAUGAGCCGAAACUUUCUUCGAACUUUUCAAGCCAUCCGUCUCUCGGAAAACGUUUUCUUCUGCUUUUAAGGCGCACUCAUCGUAAGAGCAGUAAAACAUUCGAAAGGGGCAAGGUCUAGUCCGUUACGAAGACCCCUUGUGCCUGGUAUACCUGGUAUGCCUGCGCCUGGUAUGCCAGUGACUGGUAAGCUAGGGCCUGGUAUGUCUGUGCCUGGUAUACUGGUGCCUGGUGUGCCUGGGCUUGGUAUACAUGUCGAGGUAUGCCUUUUAGGUAUGCUUGUUCCUGGCAUGCCUGUCCCCAGUAUUCAUGUCCCUGGUAUGCCGCUUCACCGCCCAUCGUUGGGACUGAAUCUGCUGUGCAUCCCAUUCACACCAUGCGCAGCAAUCCAUACCUUUGUUUUUUUCUCUCUAAAUUUGUUUUUCUUCGAAACUUUGGGUCCGUGCCUUUCGGUUUUAGUCACGAAGCUCAAAUGCCUUGGUGCUUUUUGAAGUGUUGGUUGUGUCUUUAUAUAUAUAUAAACAAAUACGGGGCGUACGAGAGCUGAACUUCGAUCGUUUGUGUUUGUUGUGAAUGAAGAGAUGUGCGACUGGAAGGUUAUGAGGACUAGGUUCCUCGUUAGGGUUAGCGUUUUGGCCAAAAUUGAUUGUAAACUGCGUCGUUCUAAUGAAGAGUGCGGCCGAUGCUACGAGCCAUUCAGGGGAGAUUAAAGAUGAGUCAUCUUUAGCCUGACCCGGCAUGCAGCUUUGGUGGUACAUGAACGCUCUAAGUCAAGUUAAUUGUUCUGCUUUUGCAUAAACCCGGGUCAGUUUAUCAAACAAUGCACACCUUAACUUCCUAGAACCUGCAUGCUUGUCAAGUCGACCAUUGUCGCGUCCAAUUGGCUCACAAAGAAAACUACCUAGCGUACUCUAAAGUGUAGAUAACGAACCUAUAAACAAGGACAGAGAUAUUAAUGUUUAAAAUAUCAGCUGUCUUAAUCUUUGUCUUAAUUUGCUUUUACUACCAACGUGAUCCUGUAAAUCCUUUAAUAAGUUUUUUUUUUAAUAUUAUAGUUACGAAAUGCUUAAGAAACGCAGGGCAUGGUGAGUCCCUAUCAUCGGAUGGAUGGAUGGAUGGAUGCUAACGGCUGUACCUUUUAUAACGGGCGGUAGCUUGCGCCACCUAGCCUAUUAUCUUUUCGCGACAAAUCAGAUUGUGGCAAUGGACAGUACGAAUGCUGGAGAACGAACCAGGAACCAAGAAGCGAGAAGGUAGUAAAUAAACCACGCCCUGCGUUCCUUAACAUGUCACUGACUAUAGUAAAAAUGUUCUGUAAUUUAAAGAUGCUUUCAGCGAAGGUGUUCCUUUGCUUCUCAUUCGGCUGGGACUGUGAUACGUUUGGGAAGUGAUUUCGUCGCACCGUAGGCCAUCGUUUUCCUCGCGCUCUUUAUUUUUUAUGUCUUUGUUUUAUUUUUUGAUCUUAGAACAGAUUGCUUUCCUUAAAAGAGUUGCGAUUGUGUACAUGUGUGUGCUUGUGGUACUUCACGUGCUGGUACAGGGUGCGUAGUACUUUCACUUGAUCUUGUUACAAGAACCAUUCCGAUCUUUCACUGACAAUUUAAGUGUUCUUGGUGAACGUGCCCUUUCCUUCUUGCUACUCCGUCGAAACUCAAAAUACCGACGUGACUGAGACUUGUGCUCGAAAGUGCUCUUCGACAAGGAUAAACAAAGCAAAAAAUAAAAUGACACGUCGUUAUUUUUGAUGGAGAGCUAGAAGGCGUUUCUUUAGAUGGGGAACGAGUAUGGUCUGACGAAAAGAACUUCGAAAAUAAAAGUUGUUUUCUUUUUGUU